CUCAUCACUUCGCCUGGUCGACAAACUGGACGCACCAUCUCACGCUCCGGGAAUGGGAUCUUUACUGGGUUCAAAGAAAAACUUCCAGUUCUUUCGAGUUUACGCUCUACAGAAGCUACUUUUCAAACUGCAGGGAUAGUUGUUACUGCAGGUGCAGGGUGACAACAACAAAGGGCCGCUGGCCAAGGAUCUCCAAGACGCACCGUCUGAUUGCCAAGGAGUUUCAGACGCUAGGAAUCAGCGCGGCAACAUAAAGUGGUCUCUGCUCAGUUUGAUUAUUCAGAUAUCCUCCUAGAUACACCGAGGCGUGCGUAAAAUAUUUGUGCGUAAAGUUGGAGCUGUUGCGCACGGUUCAAAGUUAGUUCUAGUGGGGCAGCGUAUGCAAGAACGUGUAAAAGACAACAGAUUUGUUAACUAUUAGAUCUGUUGGAAGUGUUAAUACCUUGACAGCCAUGGCAAAAUGGUUCAGAGAUUUUCCCAUCAACCUGAAGAACGGAAAUGAAAGGGUCCGCUCGGCCUCUGAGUCUGGUCCACAAACUCGACCCAAACCUUCGUUUUCUCGGGACAGUUUGAAAGGAAAUCAACGUAAGGAUGGAGGAGUGGGGGGUUUGUUAGCAGGGAGAAACCGGAAAAAUUCGGCCACAGAAUUGGGUCGUAACAACGCUGGUUCUGGUGGGACAGUCUGGGAUAGUCUCACCAAUGGAAAAGGUCGCAAGAAUUCCAAGAUCGAGACUGGGAUAUCAGAUGAAAACCGCCAGGUCAGGACCACUAGUCUGGCGCAAGCAUACAUCAGCAGGAUGAUCAAAGUGGACAAACAAGAGAAAACCCCAAAACUCAACGGGAUAAGUGAACAGAAGCUGCCUGACAACGAGAAGGGAAGGUCUGACAUUAAGACAACGUUGAUUAUCCUGGAGGACUACGCAGAUCCUUUUGAUGCAGAGAAAACCAAAGAGCAGAGAGAGGCCGAGAGAGCAGGAGUGAAUGAUGGGUACAUGGAGCCCUAUGAUGCCCAGGUCAUCAUCACAGAGGUUCGUAGACGGGGUUCCAAGGACCUUCUGAAAGUGUGUGUUCUCCUGGAUCGAGGCCAUAGAGAGAGGAAGGGAGAGGAGGGCAAGCCCACGCCUCCAAAUAUCUACGACACACCGUAUGAGGGCGGACUGGAGGGCGAUAGUGAGGGGGUGUGGAUCCCUGUUACACGGCCAGAGUCUGACGUCCGUCCUGCUGGAGAGUACGAACUGCCCUGGGAGUGGAGAAAGGAGGACAUUGUUAGAGCACUAUCAGCUCAGUUUGAGGCAGUGGAUUGUUCUCCCAGUAAAGAGAACGGAUCAACCUCUAGCCGCCAGCAGCAGCAACACACCCUGAGACAGAAGAACUGGAACCAUAAAACACUUGUCUCCUCUUCGCCAUCCUCCUCCUCUUCUCCCUCUUUUCCCUCCUCUCCUAUUCUCAAACUUUCCCCUCUCACACCCUCAUCUCCCUCUUUUCCCACCCUCAAACCCCCACCCCUCUCACCCUCCUCCAGCCCUAAAAAACUUUCCCCUCCGUCCCCUACCUCCCCUGGUGCCCCACAGGAUGGGGAUGCAGCCAAAGUGGACCCCAGUCUGACCCUGGAGAAGCAGAGCUGGUACCAUGGCAGUGUGAGUCGGCAGCAGGCUGAGGCUCAGCUGCAGCGCUGCAGGGAAGCCAGCUUCCUGGUGAGAGACAGCGAAUCAGGAACCAGCAAGUACUCCAUUGCUCUGAAGACCAGUCAGAGUUGUGUGCACAUCAUUGUGGCCCAGACUAAGAGCAGCAAGGGCUUGGGCUACACACUGGAUCAGAGUAGCUGUGUCUUUUCCAAUAUCCCUGAGCUGGUCCACCACUACUGCACACACAGACUGCCUUUCACUGGAGCCGAGCACAUGACCCUGCUGCAUCCUGUGCCCAGGCCACACUGAACAUGCCUAAAGGACAAACAAACACACUGGCACACAAACACACAUGCACAGACACAGACAGGCAGAGACAUGUAUGACACACUGAUGCACAAAUGCGCACAGACACACUCAUAAACUUGUUAAUACAGAUGUAUACAUACAUACAUUCAUACUCAAAGAUAUGCUGCUUUGGAUUGCCGUGUUUACCACCUUCAUAAAUUCAUAUGUUUGUAGCGCCACCAAGCGCUACCUUGUGGUCAAAAUCAGACACUACAAUAACCACUGAUCACAUUGUUUUGGUGUUGACUGUUUCCAAUCUAAAAUCAACAAAAACACACAAAAACACACAAAAACACACACACACACACACACACACACACACACACACACACACACACACACACACACACACACACACACACACACACAUAAACUGUGGUCUGUAAAUUAGCCUACUGUAUUACCCAAAUGUCCCAUUAUUUAUAGUUACAGGAAAACCAUCUCGUCUUCCACAGCCUGGUGUAUUUGCGCCACUGUUUUGUCCACUGACUCUACAGACCCACUCUCUAACAUGCAAACCUCAUUGAUUUGUGUAAUACCUUACUACUUCCUAUAGCCAAUAUGAUAUUUGAAGUUUAUUUGAGGUUUAUAAUCUCCUCAUGAGAUGCCCUCAAGCAGAAGUGCUAACAUCAUCAAUUAGCACCAUUCUAUCCAGUUAGGUCUUGGUCUGUAGGAUCAAUACACCUGAUUGGAGUAUAUUGAUUCAUCCAUCUGACAUGUCAAUCAGCUUAUUGAUCUAUCCUGAAAAUCGGGCUGAUUUGCCCACCACUCUGUCUAUCAAGACAAGGGGCUUUAUUGAUUAGAUGAUUAGAACUAGUGUAGAGGGAGGGGUCUUAUAACAUUACUGUAUCCACCCAGCAAUAUUGUUUGAGUGUGUGUCAGUGUGGAAAUAAAUACAUGAAUAUCUGGCCCAUCUACGUGCCUUCACUGUAAUCUAAAUAUGAGGGAUUUAUGAUUAAAAAGAUAUCUUAUUGUGAAUGAACCCAAAAAUGUACCUACCGUAUGCAUAAAUGAUGUAUGUAUGAUGUGAUUGUUGGAUAUUGUCAGGUUUUUUUUCACAUCAACCACGCAAAUGAUGUGGGCUGUAUAUUAU